GAGUAUUUUCCUCAGUUUCGCAAUGGGUAACUCUCGGUUGGAUGUCUCGAGUACCGAGUCUCCUAAUUUACCGGCUGCGGCUGGGGAGUCAUUGUCUUCGGGUUGCAAAGCUCCUGAGCGAAAUGAUAAUAUUGGUUCCUCAAUCUCCGAGCCGGGGAGUUCUUCUCCGCAAUAUCUGCACGGGCUUCGACUAUGGAUUGUAGGCUCCAGCAUUGCGUUGAGUCUCUUUCUAGCCACAGCCGAGAUCACGAUAAUCAGCACAUCCCUCGUCACCAUUAAUGAACAUCUUGAAGGCGGGGAACAAAGUACUUGGAUCAUCACAUCUUACCUGUUAGCUUUCACCGGAUUUCUUGCCACUUGGGCUAAAUGCAGCGAUGCGUUUGGUCUCAAGUCAGCCUUGCUUAGCUCCCUGCUCCUGUUCAUUGCUUUUUCCGGGGGGUGUGGUGCCGCCCAAUCCAUCGACCAACUCAUCAUCUGUCGCGCUUUUCAGGGAGUUGGUGGCUCAGGGGUUUUUUCCUUGGGCCUCUUCAGCGUGGUCCGCAUCGUACCUCCCGAAAAAUAUGACACUGCCAGCGCUGUUGGAUCCGGCGUGCUCACUUUGGCCCUUAUCUUGGGUUCAUUAAUCGGGGGCGGAAUAAGCAGAUCCGGCGCUUGGCGCUGGAUUUUCCUCUUCAAUGUGCCCGCCGGAGGAUUGUCAUGGAUCGUGCUCUGCCUCCUCGUUCCGAGGAACUUCGCUAGGACGGUCAUGACUCGCCGAUCUGACGGGCUUGUCCGUCAUGCGCGGACCCAACUGCAAGAAUUCCUAGCUCAAGCAGACUCCGUAGGAUGUCUGCUGCUUCUUGGUUUCUCCAUGCUUUUCGUGGCCGCCUUGGAAGAAGCCAAUGUGCGGUACGCCUGGUCAUCCGGGAUCAUCAUCGGCUUAUUAGCCGGCUCAGGUGUGCUUCUGGCGGCCUUUCUGGGUUGGGAGUGGACCCUUAGUACCCGGAAGCACAUGCGCAUGGAGCCAAUGCUCCCGUGGCAGUUGUUCAAAAGCCGAGUAGUGUUGGGAAUUAUCCUUGGCUUUUUCCUAACAGGACCAGCCGUCACUAUCCUGUACAUCGAGCUUCCCCAGAGGUUCCAAACCGUGAAUAACUUUAGCGCAAUAGAGGCGGGCGUAAGAGUGCUCGCCUUUGGGGCCGGAUCCCCUGUGGGGGCCAUUUGCUGCACCAUCCUGGCUGGUCGUUUAGGCACUCCAUUUGUAUAUCUGACUCUUGUUGGGUCCGUGCUGCAGAUUGUGGGGGCGUUCCUGCUCUCUUCCGUCCCCGCCACGGUGGAUGCCUGGCCGGGUGAGUAUGGGUACAUGGCUUUGACCGGCCUUGGAACAGGAAUCUCCAUCGCGGCUCUGUACAUGGCGCUUCCGAUCGUGGUCGGCGAGCGUGAUCAAGCCAUUGCAAUGGGCCUGACACUCCAAGCGCGAAUGCUGGGUGCGUCAUUAGGCGUUGCUGUUGUCAAUAGCAUUCUAGUCAAUUACGUCAAAGGUCAUCUUCCACCCAUCGAGGCCGCAGCAGAUCCAAACCACCUUGCCGGGUUACCAGUGGAAAUUCAGGAUACGAUUCGCGCAGUGUAUGCAUCUGGAUAUAAUCGCCAAAUGUACGCAGUCGGGGCAUGUGGAGCAGCGCAGCUGGUUGCUGUAGUGUUGAUGUGGAAGAAAGACCAAGUCCGGUUUGUUCGUCAAGUGAAAGUGAACGGGGCGCUGGGCCACGAGACCGAACUGGAGCCUGGGAGCCUGGCAACCUAGUUGACCAGGCACCUAUUUGAGCCUACUUACGUUGUACAGAAAGGCCUGAUGUCGAUCAAAUUCGCUGACCCAGAAAACAGAUUCUUACUAGCUGUCUGUGUAAGUAUCUUGGCCUUCUAUAAGAG